CACGUACAGGGAAUAACAGCAAAAAAAUGGCAAAGAUCAAGAGCAUCGAGUACUUCCGGGUUCUUCCCCGCUGGCUAUUCGUCAAGAUUGUCGAUGAAGAUGGCCAUUACGGCUGGGGAGAGAGCACCCUCGAAGGGCACACCCAGGCCAUUGAAGGGACCCUCAACGAGCUAAUCGAGAGAUUCACGGGAUACGAAGCCGAUGACAUUGAACAGAUCUGGCAAACAGUAUGGCGUCUCGGAUUCUAUCGCGGUGGCCCAGUAUUCAUGUCCGCCAUAUCAGGCAUUGAUAUUGCGCUCUGGGAUCUCAAGGGUCGUCGUUUAGGUGUUCCCAUCCAUCAAUUGAUAGGAGGCAAGGUCCGCAGCAAGAUCUCUGUUUACGCAUGGAUAGGCGGUGAUCGCCCUGCAGACGUGGAAGCGGCGGGCAAAGCCCGGCUUGCACAGGGUUUCAAAGCUGUCAAGAUGAAUGCCACCGAGGAUAUGAACUGGCUUGACUCUCCCAGUGUGCUGGAGUCUAGUGUCCAGCGUCUCCAGCUGGUGAAAGCGCUGGGCUUGGAUGUUGCCUUGGAUUUCCACGGCCGUCUACACAAACCCAUGGCGAAACAGCUGGCAAAAGCCGUAGAGCCCCAUAAUCCUCUGUUCAUCGAGGAGCCGCUUCUGUCAGAGCACCCGGAAGGCAUCAAGCAGGUGUCCAGCCUGGUAACGUGCCCCAUUGCCCUGGGUGAGCGCCUCUACAGUCGCUGGGAUGUGAAGCGGUUCCUCGAGGACGGCAGCGUUGACAUCCUUCAACCCGACAUCAGUCAUUGUGGUGGGAUUUCGGAAAUGCGUCGUAUCGCCUCCAUGGCAGAGACGUACGAUGUUGCCAUCGCGCCUCAUUGUCCUCUCGGCCCCAUCGCCUUAGCUGCUUGCAUGCAGGUCGAUCUCGCUACGCCCAAUUUCGUCAUCCAGGAGAUGAGCCUGGGCAUUCACUAUAACGUUGAGGCGGGCGAGUAUGAUAUCACCAGCUACGUGAAGGAUCCUAAAGUCUUUGACGUGCAGGAUGGCUUUGUUAAAGCUUUGAAUGCUCCCGGAUUAGGGGUUGAGGUCGACGAGGAGACUGUACGUCGAGUCGCUCAGAUUACGAAGCCUUGGGAAUGUAGGGGAUUUUAUGGUCCCGACGGAGCAAUCCGGGAGUGGUAGAUCUUUUUCAUUUCGAUGUUCCUUUUUCGGAUUGAUAUAAUAGAUAGAUAGUUUCCUUAUGUUCUGCAUGGUCCUGGAUGUGGCCAGGAUAGACCAUGGAAAAUAAAAGUUAUC